AUGCCUCGCAAGCGCAGGGCGGUCCGCGACGACACGACCUCGGAGGAGGAGUCGGGGUCCGACGGGGACGCCGCGCCGCGCCCGCCGCCCCGCAGCCGCGGGAAGAGGACGCGCGCCACGCCCGCUGCGGGACAGGACGGGCCGUCGCAGCCCCCCCGCGCGAGCGGCGGGGACGCCGGGAGCUCCGAGGACGGCGAGGCGCUCCAGGGCGAGGACGCCGCGUACAGGACCGCGCUGCAACGGGCGACCACGCGGGCGAACGAGGCGGCCACGCAGUGCAAAAAGCACCUCGAGAAGAUCUCUGAGCACCAGAAGAAGAAGCUGGUCGAGGAUGUGGCGCGCAUGAUCGUGUUCCGCGCCUCCUCGAAGCCGGAGCAGCCCAUCAUGCAGAAGGACAUCAACGACGUCGUGAGCGGAGCCAUGGCCAGUGGCGCCGGUCGCCUGGCUGUCUCCAAGUGGGUUCUCCGGCGCGCCGCGCUGGUCCUCCUCAAGUCGUUCGGGUACGACCUGGUCGAGUUCAACAUCAACAACUCCUCCAAGGCCUUCCGCCUCGCCUCCACCGUCCCCCGCCCGCUCCUCGCCCGGCACGUGGUGCGGCCCGGCGAACGCGCCGUCGCCGGCUUCCGCCGCGCCGUGGUGUCGCUGCUGUGGGCCGAGGGCGGCAAGUGCGACGUCGGGGAGCUCGCGACCCACCUCGGGCAGCUCGGCGCGGCGUUCACGCCCGCGCGGGUGAAGGCGACCCCGGGAGCGCUUACGGCGCACAGCAGGGCGGGGGCCCGCGACGCGCACAGGGAGUUCGGCGCGCCGGUGGAGGCGCUGAUCGAGGACAUGGUGCGCAUGAAGUGGCUCGCCGUCGAGGACUACCAGCGCCCUGACAGGUCGACUGGUAAGCGGCUCGCGCUCGCGCCGACGGCGAUGGAGCACUUCGGGGGCGAGAAGAAGCUGACGGAGAUGACGACGAAGGUGUUCCGCGCCGCGCGGGCGUCGUGA